GCGCGUGUGGGCGGAGCUUCUGGUCUCUUUCCUGGGAUACCUGCGGACCCCAUGGAAGCCAAGACUCUUGGAAGUACAACGCCCAAAAAACCUGUCUUAUCUGUCAGUGCAAGGAAAAUUAAGGACAAUGCGGCCGAUUGGCAUAAUCUAAUCCUGAAAUGGGAAACCCUCAAUGAUGGAGGUUUUGCUACCGCCAAUAAUAUUGCCAACAUGAAAAUCAGUUUAUUGAGCAAAGACAAGAUAGAAUUAGAGACCAGCAGCCUGGUUUCUGAUGAAAAUGCGGGAAAGAUAUGCCCAGAAUAUAACAGGGAACUGGAGAUGCUGUGUGAGGAGCUGCAGGUCACCCUGGACAGUUUGGUACACACACUGCCUGAAAGAGAAGAAACUGGCUGGCUAAGCUCCUGCACUGAAACACUUCAGCCAGCAGAGCCGCGCGGCCUGGCCUGGCCGGCUGGCAUGAGCACUGGCGGCCUUGUCAUCUGUUGUUUGGAUAAGGCGACGCUCCCGCCAGAACCUCUUUGUCCCUGGCCUCCUGUGUUCCUUCCUGGCAUAAAACAUUUCACAGAAUCCCCAAAACUGUGUUCGAAUGAGAAACAAUUUGACACUUACUAAUGUGACUUUUAUAAAAUGUAAAAACCCUGGGAAGGAGUUUGUCUCUAAAUGCCACUUGGCUCUUUUUUUGGCUCAUACAUCCUCACUUAUGACUCUGUGCAUGUGCACACUGCCUUAGGGAAAAGUGUCUCAGGGAGCGCGGGGGGAGGAGGUGGUCCAGAGGGACAGAUUGGUUUUUCUCCUCUGUGCUUGGCUCUUCUUGUAAGUGACUGGACCACAGGACCCCUUCCUCAGCCCCGCUGACCCGCACAGAGGAGAGAGGGCCAGGGGGGAUAUGAGGAGGUGGAGUCAAGGUCCAGGAAAUCCAGCCAGUGGCUCAGGGGGCUGAGCAGUAGCAGAUGACGCACGGGGCCCCUGCCUUGUCCCUCCACCCACAGCACAGGUCCAGGGUGAGGGGGCGUGGCCUGGCGGGCCAGCUGACAGUGGUCGCUGGGUUAGGUGACUGCGUGCUCAUGGGGACCCGAGUUCCCAAGCUCUUUGGAUAAAGCCUGGGCUGUGUCAGUGAGAGCCGAGGACAUAGCAGCCCCACGAGUUACAUGGUCAGAGACAGCUGGGUGCUUCCAGAGGGAGAGGGAGAGGCCAGGUCUGAGAGAAGGAACUGGAAGAGCUGGGGUUUUAGCCCCAAGUCAAGGGACCAGUAGACCUAAGAGCUGCCAUCACAGCCGAAAGGCUGUCCUGAGAAAAGGAACUGGCAGUCUGGUUUAGGAAGCCUCAAAGGGGGAGGAGACAGUGGUGUGGCCCAUGCUGGGAAACCUGUCCCCAAGGACUGGACAGCUCCUCAGCAGGUUAAUUACACAGAUGGUUGAGGAAGCAAUUCCUGGGCAGAACUGGAUCAGUUCUUCCUUCUUAUCCUACCUCACAAUUUGUAUCACAUCCCAUAUGCUUUUAAUUACU